CCCUCGGGGCCCGUCCACCUCUUCCCAUCAGCAGCCGUCGAGGAUGCGCUGACUCUGCGCAGCUAUGGCCUCGGCAGGGGCCGAGAGGCGCCCAGGGGCCCAAAAGGGGACGACUGAGGGGCCCGUACAGCUUGCGGAGGCGCCCGGUGGCGGUGCUCAGAGCUCUGAGUGUCCAGUGAUGGGAAACCAGUGCUUGGCGCCAGUCCAUGAGGCCAGUGGGACCCUCGGUGAAGACAAAUGUCCAACAGGACCAGUCUCAGAGCCAGAGCUCCAGGAGGAACCAUUCAAGCUGGAGGAAGAGAGGCUCAAGCCAGAGGUGGAGGCACUAGAGGAGAGAAGCCCCAGGCCUACGGCCUCCAUUGUGAGGUCCAGUCAUGGUCUGAAGAGGAAGCCAGUCAACCUCCUGUCCCCCAGCCUCCCAGGGCCUAGCCACCAAGCCCAUCCUAGGGCUGAAGCUGAGCUGCCACAGGGGCCGCCACAACAGAGGGAGGACCCGGAGGGUGGUCGGAGUGAGCCCUCACCGACUGCCAAACAGCACAAAAAAGCCAAGAAGCGCAAGAGUCCGGGGGCCCCAGUGCUCCCAGCUGUGGCCAGCAUAGUAUCUGCACCCUCAGAGACCUUGGGGCUAGAGCGAAAGGUCCAGCGCCUACGGCCUCUGUACCAGUACAUCAACUAUUGCAAUCCUGAGCUGAACCAGGCAGGGGAGGGGGACAGGGAGGCUGAAGCCGAGGUGGAACCUGAGUGGGAGCUGACCCUGGUCCCCGAGGAGGCAGGUGUGGAGCAACUGCCAGCCUUGCUGCCUGUGGCAGGUGAGCUUGGCUCAGGCCUCACUGUGCCCUGCCCCACUAUGUCCGUGCCCCCUAUCCAUGCUAUGGUUCCCCUGGGGGAGGAGGCUGGAGAGGAGCCUGGGGGUUUGCCCAGCUUGGGGGUUAGCAGCAGCCCCAAGGCUGAGGUGGAUAAGUCAACUCAGGUGGACAUCGACAAGAUGCUAAGUGUCUGUGCAGCCCCACUUGUACCCCCACUUUCUCCUCAGUACAAAUGACUGUCCUACCCCCUGGUGGCUCCCUUCCUCCCAAGCCUGAACCAGAGCAGCAGCCUAUGGGCUCAAGCCCUCGGGAGGAGGGGGGAAUAUAGCCCCUGCCCCUACUUGGCACCUUGGACUUGCUGAAAAUAAAUGUUUUUCCUUUUCUCAGACUUUGACUCCCCAAAUAAGGUGCCUGAAGAGGGAGAGGCUGGGAAGGAGGGUGGAGGAUUCCCCAGUGCAGGGUUUGAAACUUGACGGGUCAUUUGGAUUGCCUAGGAACUCGACAAAAAUGUAGAUUCCUGGGUACUGCCUCAGACCUAACUGAAUCAAUCUGUGGGGGUAGGGACUUGUUCUGUGCAUUUCAAGUCUCCGAUGAACCUGAAGUUCGGACAGGAUAAUGGUGGGGAUGGAGAGGGAGGUGAUGAGGAACUUGGGGCAAAGAAAGGAAAGGAACUGGCAGGUCAUGGGAAGCAGGUGCAUGGCCUUGCUGUCUCCUGGGAAGGGGUCUGCAUUCGGUCUGACCUUCAGGGCACCAACACUUGGGAUUCUCCCCUCUGAGGUGGCAGAGUCCAUUCGCCUGCCCAAGAGUGGAAGCUUUGGGAUGCUUUCCACUUAUUGUUAGAUCACAGCUGGACCACACUUUGCCCCCAGAGUGGCCCCUGGUGCCUAUUUCCUGGCAGGCAGAGAGUGGUGGUGGUGGUGAAUGGUCUCCCUGGAGCCCUGAGGCCAAGCCACCAGAUAACUGCUGCUUCUCAUCCUCAGGGGUCUCUGGAAGAGGUGGCCAGUGCCGGCCAUUUGGAAACCCUAAUACCCUGCUGUCUCCUCGUCCUACUGCAUGUCCCUCAGACACCUUAAAAACAGAAUUUCAAAUUAAACGAAUAAUUCCUCCUCCUCUCAACCUGCUUUUCCUCCUGUAUCUCAUCUGCGCAAUCAUUCAAGCCAAAAUCCUGGUGUCACCCCAGACCCCAUCCUGUUCUUUGCUUGUUGACUCCUACAAGCUAAUCAAUCAUCAAGGCUGGUGAACCUACGACACACACAUCCAAACCCCGGAUGGUGUUGCUCCCCGUCUAGUACUCUCAUCUAAGCCCAGCUGCUUGUAACUUUUCAGUGGUUUCCUAUCAUUCCCUGACCAGCCACACCUUUUCUUACCUUCAGUCUCUGCACAUGGGGCUUCCCUGUCUAAAAUGCCUUUAUUCCCUCACCCCUCCACUUGGCUAGUGCACAUGCACCCGUGAAGAUUCAGGGCACCUUGCUUCCUGCGGAGCUGGGCAACUCCCAGUGUUGCCCUGCAUUAAAGUAGCCACAUACUACUGUCCUUGUGGGUCACAGCUGUCUUCAGGAUGAGACUGAACUCCCCAAGGGCCCGUGUCAUUGCAUCACAUCCACUAGCAGAGGACCCCCAUAAAAAGCAUAAAAAGAUAAGGAGACCAGGUGGGGACCUGAGGAAGCUACAGAGGGAUAGGUCAGGAUCUGAAAAGCGGAGGCCAUCCAACGUCCAGAGCCAUGUGUGGGACCUGGAAUAAUGGCCUGGCAAGGUCAUUGGAAGAGAGAAAACGGGCAUCAGCACGGGAUGCUCCCUCCUUUAGGGGUCGCUUGGAUGCUCACCAGCCCCUUGGCAAGGCCACAGGGCAAGCUGUGCGUUCUGGACAUAUUUCUUCUUCCUGUUGACACUUUUCCCUGGUUAGUGAUUUGACCACCCCAGGAAAUACUGUCCACAGAGACCAUGCAGACUGAAUAUUGUCCACAGGGAUGAGCAUGGAUUCUCAGGGAUUUUUCAGAGAUAGAGGGUCCUUCAAGAUUACUGAGCUUGACCUCCUCUUUUUAUGGCUGAGGAAGCAAAGGCCUGGAGAGAAGUGGCCUUGUAUGAGACCACACCCUGGGCGCCAGGGAGGCCCCGCCCCUUCCUGAGCCCUGCAGAUCUGUGGAUCUGGGGGCUCUGGUGAAGACCUGACCCAAAAAGGCUGAGCAUCUGCUUUCUCUGUGUGGUCUCCAGGGCUAGAGGUGUGGACCAGGCCAGCACUGAUAAGGAAGCUCUGUCCUUACCUUCCACAGGUGACAAAGGACACACUCAGUAACUAUAGAAGAACGAGGCUACAUUUCCCGACACAAAGGAACAAGUCACCACUACUGCUCCUAGACGCUCACUCUAAGGGAAAAAUGCCGAAGCAGCAUGGUGCAGAGACA